AUGAAGCACGAGGCUGAGGCUGAAGCUAAGGCUCUCCCUCUCGAAUUGGUGGAGAAAAUCCUAUUAUGGUUACCGGUAAAAUCCCUAAUUCGGUUCAGGUGCGUCUCUAAACAAUGGCUUUCUCUGAUUUCUGAGUCACGUUUUGCAAAAUUGCAUUACGAUACUGCUGAUGCCGCACCCGCCAAUAAGAACACUAGGCUUUUGUACUUGUCGAGUGAGGUUCCCGAAGCUCGUUGUGUAGAUCUUGAAGCUUCGAUUCGCGGCGAUUACGCUCUUCAGCUUCCUCUAAGUUGUCGUCAUUUCAGCCUUAGUAUUCUAGGUUCAUGCAGGGGCUUCAUACUGUUGCGCAUUCAUGUUCAUGGCGCUCCGCUCCUUCUGUGGAACCCUGUAACAGGUUCUCACAGAUCAGUGCCGUAUCCUGUUGCUGACCCUGAUGCUCUUUGUUGGAUGGGUUUUGGCUCGUCAAAUAAUUUAUGGGGUGGUCUUGGCUAUGAUGAAUCUAGUGAUGAUUAUUUAGUAGUAGUAGGAUGGGUUGAUUGUGCACUGUUUUGUAAUGGGAUUCUUUAUUGGUUGGCUGUUAAAGAUAUGGGAGUGAAUUUUGUGAUUGUUGCCUUUGACUUAGCUGGAAAGCAUCUAUCAAUGGUGUCAUUUCCAACGUCAGGCAGUUCCCGUCGGCUGUUAAAGCUGUUUGCUGGAUGCCUUGGGAUAUCUUACUUGAACUUCACUGAAGACCAGAAGAUUGAGAUAUGGGUAAUGAAAGAAUUAUCUUGGACUAAGCUCAAUGUUGUGCUUCCUUAUGCUCAUGGAAUCCAUCCUUUGUGUUUCACUAAAGGUGAACUUGUUGGCAUAAAAAACAAUGAGUUAGUCAAAGUCAGUGAUAAAGGUGUAUCCGUGGAGUCUCUAAGAAUUAGUUGUCGUGACAAUGACUUGAAGAUGGUUAUGUUUACUGAGAGUUUACUGUCACUUCCGGACGAGUUUGGCAGCACAGGGGAAGAACAAGGAAAGUAG